UGGAAACCCCAGAAAAUCUAGAGGAAGAGGGGGAAAAAACGAAACACUCCUCAGCCAGAGAUGUCUGCCCAGCCUGCUGGGGGAGACCCUGAGAAGGGCAGGAAGGGCAUCGUCCUCCAUGGGAGCUCCUGGCCAGAAUCCCGACCUUGGACAGAUGUACAGUGGAACAGUAGGCUCACGGAAUCCUGAUCCUGGGGCUCCUGAUGGCUACUUCUAGCUGCCUUGGCUUCUUGGAGGACCUGUUCACGUGCUUUCAGGACCCCGAAUAUGAGUCCAUCCUCGUCACAGCGCAGAAGGGGCUCCACGCCUCCCCGCUGCCCAAGCGCGUGGUAAUAGUGGGAGCUGGCAUGUCAGGCCUAGUGGCGGCCAAGGCCCUACAGGAUGCUGGCCACCAGGUAACCAUCCUGGAAACCAGCAACCGCAUCGGGGGUCGAGUUAGCACAAUCAGGAACAAGGAGGAGGGCUGGUACCAUGAACUGGGGCCCAUGCGAAUCCCAGAGUCCCACAGGCUGAUUCACACCUACAUCAAGAAGCUUGGCCUGAAGCUGAACAAGUUCAUACAGUAUGAUGGCAACACCUGGUACCUCAUCAAUGGACGACGCCAUCGUAGCAAGGAGGUCCAGGACCAUCCAGAGAUCCUGGGCUAUUCCUUGAGCCCAACAGAGGAGGGCAAAAGCCCUACAAAGCUCUUCCACCAGUCCAUUGCCAAGGUCAAAGAAAAUUUUGAAAAUUUCAACUGCAGUCAACUGCUAUCCUUUUAUGAUUCUUACUCCACCAAGGCUUACUUGGUGAAGGAAGGAGAACUGAGCGAAGGAGCAGUAAAGAUGAUCGGAACUGUGAUGAAUGAGGAUUCUGGAUACUAUAAGUCCCUCCUAGAGUCCCUGCGGAGUAGCGUCAUCUUCUCCCAAAGUAACAACUUUUCUGAGAUCACCGGUGGCUUCGACCAGCUCCCCAAAGCCCUCAGUGCUACCCUGAAGACUGGAACCAUCCGCCUGGGCUCCAGCGUGGAGACGGUAGUGAGGGAUGGGUCCAAGGUCCGAGUUUCCUACCGGGUGGGCAAGCCCGGUUCAGUGCUGAACCACCUCACUGCGGACUUUGUCAUCCUUACGGCCUCAGCCAAGGCCACACGCCUCAUCACCUUUAAGCCACCGCUCUCCCAAGAUAAGAGGGAAGCACUCCGCUUGGUGCAUUACACCAGUGCCACCAAGGUGAUCCUGACCUGUGAGGAGCCCUUCUGGGAGAGGGAUGGCAUCCGAGGUGGGUACUCUGUCACCGACCGGCCCUCGCGCUACAUCUACUAUCCCAGCCACAGCUUCCCCAAUGGCAAGAGCAUCCUGCUGGCCUCCUACACCGUAGAUGACGACUCCCUCUUCUUCACCUCCCUAACACAUGAGCAGAUAGUGGAUGUGAUCCUGGAGGACCUGGCAGCUGUGCACCAGAUACCCAAGGAUGAGCUGCGGCGUAUAUGCCCCUCUUCUGCGGCCAAACGCUGGUCUCUGGACCCCCUCACCUUGGGCGCCUUUGCUGAGUUCACACCCUACCAAUUUAUUGACUAUUCACAGGAGCUCUUCAAGCCCGAGGGCCGCAUCCACUUUGCAGGCGAGCACACCUGCACGCCUCAUGGCUGGAUAGACACUGCCAUCAAGUCCGGCCUUCGGGCAGCCAGGAAUAUCCAGGCCGCUGUGGAUAAGGAGGCCACGGGAGAGCAGAAGACCUUCCCUAACACCCAGAACCAGGUCUAACCCAGGAAAGAAAUCCCCGAGGGAACCUGGCAGGAAAAGUGCUGGGGGGUAGGAGCUGGAGGCAGAGACCCAGGAGAGAGGUCACCAUUCAUCCCCCUAAUCCACAAGCAAGAAUCCCAAAAUGCCAAAGAAUCAUCUGGCAAGUCCACAAAGAAUCACCCCCUUUCCAGUUUCUCUCCCAUGCCCGGCCUUGAGGAGGGAAGCAAUGGAGUCAGCGUAUAUGGAGCGUAAGGAACAAAUCAAGGAUGGUAAACGCUAGCAUCAGCUGUUAGCUUGGAUUACAAGCAAAAGAGAAACGCUCCAAUAAACCCAAAUUUCUGUCAUAUACAACUAAAAGCUUCUAAAGGAACAAACCCCAAACCGCAGCAAUGUUAAACCCAUAGUGCACGUAAACCCCAUUAUUGGGUGCCUGAGCUGGGGGCCUCACAUCUUGGCCCAACAUGGAGUCUAGAUGGAUGGGAGAGUUAAGGGCUCUUGUCUGUUCUUUUUGAGUUUGCAAGAGCAGGAUCUUGGCUUCCCUGAGACACCUCCUGGCCCUCCUGGAGACUUUUCUUCUCCACUCUUACCUCCCCAUCACCAACCAGACACCCCUCCCCACCUCUGCCUGUCCAGCCUACACAUCUCCCUGGGAGGAGACAAAAUUCAUUCUCCAUACUCCCCUCUGCUCUUCUUUAACAGAAGAGUCCUGUCCUUCCAGACCCAGCUAACUUAUUCCCCCUCCCCAAAUCCUCUCUUAACAGCCACACCCAAACCCCAGGGAUCUUUCCCUCUCUUAAACCUCCACCCUUCCUCCUUAGAGUCCUAAAUGUUUGGACUGUGGGUCUUCUUAUGUUGUUACACAAUUACUUUCUGAAAGGGCAUAUUAUCUGCCCAUCUACCCUGAGAGCCCCAAGUGCUGGGGUCAUAUCACAUAUGCUUUGGUUAAUUUUCCCCCCAAAACACUACGUAUAUGCUCUUUCCCUAACCCUCUCAAUAAAUAUUCAUUUUGCAUCUACCAUAUAUCGGGCAAUGUGCUGAAUGCCAGAUACAAAGAAUAAGCAAAGUUAUGCCGUUGAAUCCAACCUCCAACCCUACCUGGGACCCCAUACCUCCAAUGAUCAGCUCCCAAACACAGCUCAUUUUUUAUCCCAAUUUCUUGGGUAUCUGGGCCCAAUCAUGCAAAAGGAAGAACUAAGUAGAAGGGUACUCCCUUUCCUUGGAGAAUUAGGGUGGCCCUGGAAGACUCUGAAGACCAGCUUGAUGCAGGUAAUGUUAUGUCUUGAGACUGGUGCAUUGCGUGGAAGGAAGGGAAUAAAGAAACAAGACUCACAUUUUCUUACUGCAUUGUUAAAAUCCCAGCUGGCUUUAUUCCGGCUUUUUACUCACCCCUAGAUUAGUCAGGGCCUUUUCGGUUACAGGUGCUAGAAACCAAACUCAGAAAUGAAAUGUUUUAGCUCACCUAUCUGGAAAGUCCAGGGUAAAACUCACUUCAUCCAGCCCGACUGGGUUUAGGAGUUAAUUCAUUGUCAUUAAGGUUCUCUCUCUUUCCGCUUCUUGACCCUUAGCUAACUUAGUUUCCGUAUUGAGUUAAAUAAUGUUCCGCCAAAAAUUCAUUUCCACCCCCCCAAACCUGUGAAUGUGAUCUUAUUUGGAAAUGGGGUCUUAGCAGAUUUAAUCAAGUUAAGAUGAGGUCUGUACUGUAGUAGGGUGGACCCUAAUCCAAUAACGGUAUCCUGAGAAGAGGGAAGUUUGGACAGAGACACACACAGAAGGAAGACUGCCAUGUGAGGAUGGAGGCAGGUGGAAGUGAUGCGUCUACAAGACAAGGAAUGCAAACGAUUGCCAGCUACCUCCAAAUGCCAGUAGAGAGGCAUGGAAGAGAUUCUUCCUCAGAACUACUAGAAGGAACUGACCCGGGUGACACCUUGAUUUUGAACUUCUUUGAGUACCGUGAGAAAAUAAAUUUUUGCUGUUUUAAGCCAUCGGAUUGUGUAGUAAUUUGUUAUGGCAGCCCUAGCAAACUAAUACAGCCUCCUUCCUUGUUCUGGCAACAAAAUGUUCUGAAUCCAUUUGGAGGUCAGAAGCAACUCUAAGGUUGUAUCUUCAUAGGUGGUCAUCCAAGGGGAAAGAAAG